UGACUAAAACAUGUUACAUGUCACAGCUUUAACCAAUCUCUCUUCUGUCUCAUUGAAGUGCACGCUGCGUGUACGCGACUCACAGUUGACGAAGGACCUGCGGUUGCUCUCUGCCUUUUACUCGCCGGAACAGCUCACUCCGGCGAUUCUCGGACGUUAGCCAGAGCCAUCAAUUCACUCCCCUCCGAUUUACUUUUCGGAUAAGAAAGAAACAGCCCGCUGAUUUAUGUCCUAUUGAUUCCAGUGAGAAAUUAGGCCAUGAUUACCGUUGUAAAUUACCAAUCUGCCACCCUGCUCUCUCCGCAGAGAAGUUCGUCGGGGUCUUCCCAUAGCCCUAGAUCUUCCUCGUCGCAGCCUUACCUGUCGAUUUCGGUGACUGAACCUGUGAAAUUGGGCAAUGGCGUCCAGGCUUACAUCUCUUAUCGAGUCAUCACCAAGACAAAUUUCCCAGAAUACCAAGGGCCUGAAAAGAUUGUUAUUCGUCGUUACAGUGAUUUUGUUUGGUUACGUGACCGUCUUUUUGAAAAGUACAAAGGUGUUUUUAUUCCACCUCUUCCAGAAAAGAGUACUGUUGAAAAGUUUCGUUUCAGUGCUGAAUUUAUUGAGUUGAGGCGCCAAGCACUAGAUAUAUUUGUCAAUAGGAUAGCCUCGCAUCAUGAGCUUCAGCAAAGUGAGGAUUUAAGAACCUUUUUGCAGGCAGAUGAAGAGACAAUGGAGAGAUUAAGGUCUCAAGAGACUGGUAUUUUUAAAAAGAAACCAGCUGAUUUGAUGCAAAUCUUCAAGGAGAUGCAAACUAGAGUGAGUGACGUUGUUCUUGGGAAGGAAAAACCAGUGGAGGAAUCAAACCCUGAAUAUGAAAAGUUGAAAAAUUACAUCUUUGAGCUUGAAAAUCAUUUGUCUGAAGCUCAGAAACAUGCAUAUCGUCUUGUAAAGAGGCACAAAGAAUUGGGGCAAUCUCUAUCAGAUUUUGGAAAGGCAGCCAAACUCCUUGGUGCUUGCGAAGGACAUGCCCUUGGGAAGGCAUUUUCUGACCUUGGGACUAAAUCAGAGACGUUAUCUGUUAGGCUGCAGAAAGAGGCCCAUCAACUUCUAAUGAAUUUUGAGGAACCUUUGAAAGAUUAUGUUCGUGCUGUGCAAUCUAUUAAAGCCACCAUAGCUGAGAGAGCAAAUGCCUUCAGGCAUCAAUGUGAACUGGCAGAAACAAUUAAGUUGAAGGAGAUAAAUCUUGACAAGCUCAUGUUGACACGUUCAGAUAAAGUGGGAGAGGCUGAGCUCGAGUACAAGGAGUUGAAGGCAGAAAGCGAGGAAGCAACAAGAAGAUUUGAGAAUAUUGUGCGAGUGAUGAAUGAGGAGAUAGUGCGUUUUCAAGAUCAGAAAACACAGGAUAUGGGGAUUGCUUUCCACCAAUUUGCGAAAGGACAGUCUCGUUUGGCAAAUAACAUUGCAGAUGCAUGGCGAAGUCUCCUUCCUAAGCUUGAAGCUUGUUUGUCAUAAUGCUGAGAUGCCAAAAAGUGAGGAAUUGUUCACAUUCUCGGUUCGAAGGAAUGGAAACUGCAGCUUUUGCAUUGUAAAGACCUGUGACUUAUAGGAGAUAGUUCAAGAUUUGCAAUUUGUAUUAUUGUACAAAUUCGAAGCUAGUUGAAAAGGCAGAGUACAUCCUCUGAAACAUAAUUGAAAGGGAGCAAAACAUGGAAAGUUAUUCAGAA